GUGAGAUGUUCAGUAAUGCUCAUACAACGUAAGAAAAUGUGUAAUCCAGUGUAAACAGCUGCUAUUAAAAAUCCAUGUUUAGCCUAAUGGGUCCAAUUGGCUACUUUCUAUCCAUCAUAGUCAACGAUCAUAGUGCCUCGGCAGUUACCGAGAGGAUAUAUAUGUGGCUGAGAUGCAUGAUAGGGGGCAAUAUAUAUAAAAGCGGUACGGAAAUUUUCGUGCAGUUUCCGCUGAAGCUGCACCGUGAAAAUGCUAACAAUCGCCAACGUCCUAGUGGUGGUUGCUUUAGCUCAAAUCUGCUUCGCUACAAUCAAGUUGCAGGAGCAUUUCGAAUGGAAUAUUCUGGACUUUGACUACGCCGACGAAAAUACUAAAAUCAGGGAUCUCAUCACCGGAAAAUAUAAACCGGAGAACAGCUUACCCGUAGGAAUUGAAAUAUGGAAAGAUAAGUUCUUUGUUACUGUGCCACGGUGGAAAGAAGGUAUUCCAUCUACUCUGAACUAUGUCCAGCUAAACUCUCUAGUAAAGAAUCCAAGUCUUAUACCUUACCCAGAUCUGAAAUCGAAUGAACUUGGCAAUUGCAAAGAAGGAUUGAGCACAGUAUACCGGAUACAUGCAGAUAAAUGUGACAGACUCUGGGUUCUAGAUACAGGUACCUAUGGAAUUGCGGAAACUAUGCAGAGCGUGUGUCCAUAUGCUAUCAACAUAUUUGAUUUGAAGACGAAUACGAAGAUAAGAAGAUACGAAUUCAGGCCUGAAGAUACAAACCAAAACACCUUUAUAGCCAACAUCCUAGUGGAUAUGGAGGGAUCUUGUGACGAUGCUUACGCUUACUUUAGUGACGAGCUAGGAUACGGUUUGAUAGUCUACUCAUACAAGCAAAACAAAUCAUGGCGAUUCACGCAUAGUUAUUUCAUGCCAGAUCCGUUGAAAGGAGAUUUCAAUAUCGAUGGAUUAAACUUCCAGUGGGGAGAGGAAGGUAUUUUUGGAAUGACUCUAUCACCGAAAACUGUAGCCGGAGACAGACUGAUCUACUUCAGUCCUCUAGCGUCCCACAGAGAAUUCGUAGUGUCAAACAAAGUACUCCAAAACAGUUCCAAGGUCUCCAAUAGCUAUAAGGACUUCUAUCCCUUGAACGAAAGAAUACAUGGCCACGUGACUGGAAAAAUUAUGGACGAAGAUGGUAUCCAAUUCAUGAGUUUUAUAGACAAGAACGCUAUUGGAUGUUGGAACUCAAAAUACGUCUAUGACAACAAGAACAUCGAUAUCGUGGAUAAAGACGAUGUGGGCCUGAUUUUCCCUUGUGAUCUGAAGAUAGAUAAAUACAGGAACCUCUGGGUGAUAUCUGACAGAAUGUCAAACUUUCUUGUUGCUAGUUUGAAUUACAAGGAGGUGAACUUCAGGGUGUACUUCGCGCCUAUUGAUGUGUUGUUGAAGGACACUGUGUGUGAAAAGAAGAAGUAUAUGAAACUUAAUGACCAUUUUGAGCCAUUCGGAGGUGAAAAGUUUGUUUUCCAGCACUAUGGGACAGGAAAUUUAUUGUUUUAAGUUGUAAAUACAAUACUAAGAUUUAAGAUUUCGUCUUUUUGUAUCCCUAAGCACUCGGUAGAACUCUGCGAUGACCCCCCCUGGGCGAAUCUCUAAUACGAGGAGGUACCCAAAAAUAAUCGGAAUAGCAUUGCAGUGGGCGGAGCUUGUGUAGUAUACAUUUCUGCCCCUAGAGGCGUACAGCGCAACUCAUUACCAGUUCGGUGCCACCUGAGUUGUCGAUCCGGCUUGUUUCGUUCCUGUGUAGUCAUUAUUUUUGCUAGAGCUGUUUCGCGCUUGUUUCGUUUUAUACGAUGGCAAGCUUCAGUGAGCAACGUGCAGCUGUGAAAUUUUGCUUUCUAAUUGGUAAAAACGCUGCUGAAACUGUUUUGAUGUUCAAAAUUGCUUACAAAGAUGAUGCUAUGGGAAAAACUCAGGUGUACGAGUGGUUUGCUCGAUUUAAAAAUGGCGACAUAUCGAUUGAUGACAAACCUCGCUCUGCACAUCCAUCAACUGCCCGAAUCGACGAAAAUGUUGAAAAAAUUCGAGAGCUUGUGCUAUUUGGAGGUUUUAAGACGAUUGCGAAACCCGAUUUGUGGCAGUCAGGAGACUCGUUCUUCCACCACGAUAAUGCACCUGCGCACACAGCCAUCUCUGUUAGACAGUUUCUGGCUAAAAAUGGCAUGGUUCCGCUGCCUCACGCCUGGCCUAGCUCCGUGCGACUUUUUCUUAUUUCCCCGGAUCAAAAGGGGCAUAAAAGGACGCCGCUUUGACGACAUUGAAGAGGUCAAGAAAAAACGAGGCAGGAGCUGUCAGACAUUUCUAUGGAAGACUUCAAAAAAUUUGAAGGAGAUAAGUUGAAAAUAAAUAGCUUUUGAAAUAUAA